ACAGCGGCUGUUAUUAUCAGUGUCUGUGUGGAGUCGGAGAGUCGGCAGUGGAGACAUGGCGCUGUCGUCGGUGGGGAAGUGCUUCUCGUCCUUUGGGCUGUUUGGCAGAACUCUGACGGGCACGGAGGCGAAGGCGGUGUGCUGCUACCACAAGAAGGUGGUUGACCAUUAUGAGAACCCAAGAAAUGUUGGAUCAUUGGAUAAAAAUGCCAGGAAUGUAGGGACUGGCCUAGUGGGGGCACCUGCCUGUGGUGAUGUUAUGAAACUGCAGAUCCAGGUUGAUGAAAAUGGAAAGAUUGUUGACGCCAGAUUCAAAACCUUUGGUUGUGGGUCAGCCAUCGCCUCAAGUUCCUUGGCUACCGAGUGGGUGAAAGGCAAAUCGGUUGACGAAGCUCUAAAAAUCAAGAACACAGAGAUUGCUAAAGAACUGUGUCUGCCUCCAGUCAAGCUUCACUGCUCAAUGCUUGCCGAGGACGCCAUCAAGGCUGCCCUGGCUGAUUACAGACUGAAGCAGAAGGAUGAGGAGAAGGUUGCAGAGGCUGUGAAUUAAUUGCAGUAAAUCUUACUCUUGCACAAACGGCAUGACAUCCGUUGACAAUUAUAUAACACCACCUUGUGUUAGUGCAAACCAAAUAUAUCCUCACGAUAGCAUCGUCAUCCUCCUCCUCCUCUCCUGAACAUGUAGCGAUGAAGCGAUGUUUGCAUUGUCCGUGUGCUUUGCUAGAGUGCAGUAAGAUGUUAUGUAUGGUUAGGCAUUCGUUUUUAGAGUGCUGUGUGAAUGGGUGGAUGGGGUUCUUUCUCAGUGUCUUUCUGAAUCACGCACAAAGAUUAACACCUUUGGACCAGCUUUCUGAACAAAGCUUAACUCUUUAGCUAGAAGGGAGGCUUAGUAGGGAUUUACCCAAAAGAAGAGUCCAAUUGUGAAGGUUGGUACAAGCCUUGACUCCCAGUGAUACUUUAAAACAGUUUCUAUGAUAAUUUUGACCAUUUUGGCAUCAUAAAAUGAUCAGUGAUCAGAAGAGUGCAGGACAGCGCUUUUAGUAUAAAAAUAAAAGGGCAAGGCAAUUUUUAAAAAGAUUUAUAUUUUGUUUAUGUAUAUGGAAUAUCUCAUUCUUUUUUUCUUUUUGAUCAGACUGGUUCUCUGGUGUCCAAUGUCAUUCAAAAACAGCAGUCGUACACGCACAACUGAAACAGAGUGUAUAUACAAUGUAAUCAAUACUGGAUAGUUAAUUGCUGUUGCUGUGUUCUCCAAUGGAUGAGCUUAAUAAAAUCCUAAAGAAAGCA